GAAGGAGGAGAGAGAGGGGAGGGAGGAGAGAGAGAGGAAGGAGGAGAGAGAGGGGAGGGACCUACAGACCCAAGAGGAAGACAUGGAGGUGUUGCGGUUGAAUUUGGGGCCGUUAGAGGAAGGGGUGGGGGCGUUGGGGGUGUGUGUGGGGGUGGCGCCCCAGAACAGACACUUCCUCUCCACACCCCCGGGUACCCCAGCCCCCUCCCAGGAACGCCCCUGGGCCCCCCCCACACACACCCACAGCCCCCCCCCUCUCUGGCGACGGCCCUGCCCUCCUCCUCCUCCUGCCCCUCGCCCAGCUCCCGGGGGACACCCCUCACCCCGUCCGGCACGCCCACGCCCUCGGUGGACUCGUCCCCGCGCUCCCGCACCCCCCUGUCGGCGGCCGCCAUGGCCGCACAGCAGCGCUACCGUAAGGGGGAUGUGGUGUGCACCCCCGCCGGCGUGCGGAAGAAGUUCAACGGGAAGCAGUGGCGGCGGCUGUGCUCACAGGACCGCUGCAUGAAGGAGUCGCAGCGCCGGGGGUACUGCUCACGCCACCUGUCCCUGCGCAGCCGAGAGAUGGAGGCGGGCGCGGGCGCGGGCACGGGCACGGGGGGCACCGCCACGCCCUCAGACACCAGGGGCAGCAGGGCCAGCAGCGAACUGGAGUGGGAGGAGACGUCGUCGCGUGACAGCAGCGAGGGGGGGCGGAGCUUGCGUCUGCUGCUGCCGCAGGAUUGGUCGUCGCGGUUCGACCUGGAGGAGUGCGAGGCGGCCAGCAUGCUGGUGUCCCUGGGCAGCCCCCGCUCCUCGGCCACGCCCUCCUUCUCGCCCGUGUCCAAUCAGUCGCCGUUCUCCCCCGCCCCCUCGCCCUCCCCCUCCCCCCUCUUUGGGUUCCGCCCCGCCCACUUCAGCCCCAUCACACCGGCUCCUCUGCCCCCCGCCGCACGUCGCCCCCGGCAACCCAGCGCCCCCCCCAGAGCUGCUGCGGAGUGCGAGCGCCCCCCCUCCUCCUCCUCUCAGCCCCACCUCCUGACCUUCAGCGUUCCCAUCAGCCCCACCGGGAUGCCCUCUGAUGCCCCCCCCGUGCCCCCGCCCCUCAACCAAGACUCCAGAGACACAGAGCCCCGCCCCCGUAGCCAGACCACACCCUCCUGUCCCGUCCCCUCGGUCUCUGGCUCAAGGCAGGGUCCUCCAGCAUCCCAUCAGGCCUUGUGGGACUCUCCAGUGAUCGUCCGGAAUCCUGAGACGCCAUUGGCCAACUUCACAGAGCCUCCUCUGGUCCGCCCAGGCCCUGUGCCAAACUCCUCCCACAUAGACAGCAACCACACCUCCUCUCAGCCGGGAUUGGGCCAGCUGCAGGUGCCUGUGCCAAUCAAUGCUGCCGAUGUGACCAAGGGGGCCGUCCUUAUCCAAAGUCCCGGCCCAACCCUUGUGCUGGUUUCUUCUCCGUCCCUGCCUGGCUCCGCCCCCUCCGACUUGACAGACCAAUCAGGCACAACGCUGACCUGCAUCUCCAUGGCGACCGCCAAUCACGGCGUGCUGCAGCAGCCGGUGCCAUGCCACCCCUCGCCCACCGCCCUGCUGCCCCUCCUCUUGCCCGCGCCCCGCAAGGACAUCAUCAUGGGCCGGCCCGGCACAGGAAGCUGCCUGAUGACUGAGGAACAACUCUAUUCAGGAAGCUGCCUGAUGACUGAGGAACAACUCUAUUCAGGAAGCUGCCUGAUGACUGAGGAACAACUCUAUUCAGGAAGCUGCCUGAUGACUGAGGAACAACUCUAUUCAGGAAGCUGCCUGAUAACUGAGGAACAACUCUAUUCAGGAAGCUGCCUGAUGAUUGGGUAACAACUCUAUUCAGGAAGCUGCCUGAUGACUGAGGAACAACUCUAUUCAGGAAGCUGCCUGAUGACUGAGGAACAACUCUAUUCAGGAAGCUGCCUGAUGAUUGGGUAACAACUCUAUUCAGGAAGCUGCCUGAUGACUGAGGAACAACUCUAUUCAGGAAGCUGCCUGAUGAUUUAAUUGACUUCACGUCAGUUAUGUUUGUCUAAUGUCACCUUCUUUACCUGUCACCUCACAUCAAACAUCAUCAAACAUCUCACAACUACUCAUGCAACGUCAUCAAAGUGUUCUGUGUGUGUGUGUGCGAUACAGGAUACUCCUGUGCUGUUUGUUUGUCCAAAAAUCAGUUCGGUUUCCAAACGUGUCACAGGUACAUGACAUCCCACUCUGUGUGUGUGUGUGUGUGUGUGUGUGUGUGUGUGUGUGUGUGUGUGUGUUCAUCUGAGAGAGAGAGAGAGACAGGAAUACCCACAAAGACAAUGUUCACACACAAGGCAGGCUUAACAUGUGCACACACACACACUCCCUUUCUCUCUCACACACACACACACACGCAUAUGAGUUUGGGAUUAAAAUAAAAUACAGCCUGCGUUUGUGUGGUUUUGUAUGGUGUUUGUAUAGAAUUGAAUUUCAUCAACCCCAUCACUCACACACACACACACAUGUGGCUACCUGCAGAGAAAACCAAGGGCAUUUCAGCAAAAGAGACAGAGAGUUGGAGGGAGAGGGAGAGAG